ACCGCCACGAUCAGAGGAAAAAGCAAAGCAGCAGCGCAGACUCGCGAAGAACAGUAGCUUCAUCGGAAACAAAAGAAAGAGGAACCGCGUGAAGACAAGCAAAUCGGUAGCAGGCAAGCAAGCAAGCAGGCUUGUUGCAUUAGGGCCCGCUUCAGCCGCCUCCGCCGAGAUGCAGGCGUUCCUGUCCUUCAUCUCCCGGUUUGAUGACACGGUGCCCAUUGACAAUGGCGACGGGCAACCCAUCAACGACUCCCAGAAGGAGCUGGUCAAGGAAAUGCGCCAGCGCCUCAAGCAUGUGCUGCAACCCAUCCACUCCGACAGGUUCUUGGUGCGAUAUCUGGCUGCGCAGAACUACGAUCUGGACAAAGGCACGGAGAUGGCGCGGAAGCAUCUGCAAUGGAGAGAGGAGAUGGGUGCUGACAGGCCCAUCCCUGAACUCAUCGCAACCGUUCCAGAGGUGAGGAGUGUGUGCGAGUGUGUGCUCCUGAAUCCCCCUCACACCACCACCACCACCACCAACACGAUCACUGCGGUCAGGGCGUGUCGGGUGGAGGAUGUUGCGCGGUAUCACGGAAUGGUCUUCAUGGAACAAGUCUACGACAAGCUCAGGCAACAGUCGGAGAAGCACAACCGGCUGAUUGACAAGUUCAUUGUUGUUCAGGAUAUGACGGGUUGGUCCCUGCGCUCAAUGCAGAAACCGCUCAUCAACAUGGUCAUGGAGACAACGCACCUUCGCAACGCCAACUACCCGCAGAUCCUUCGCAAGAUGAUCAUCAUCAACCCGCCCACCAUCAUCGGCAUGUGCUGGUCCCUCGUCAAACCGUUUCUCAGGGAGCGCACCCGCAGGAAGAUUAUGAUUGUUCGCGGGAAACCAAGCCAGUUUCUCUCGGAGUUUAUGGACGAAUCGCAGCUGCCGCGCAUGUACGGCGGUCUUGCUCCCGAUCCGUCAAUGCCGCCGUCAAAGGUGCCGGAGGACGCGUAUCUCGCCAACCAGAUGACCGAUGACAUGGACACCCUCACCAUACCCAGGGGACAGGCGCAUAAGUUUGAGUACUUGAGGCACAAGUGCGAGAGCUUAUCCUCCAAGCUUCUCCGCCAUUCGUGUCGGAGGUGA